UCACAAUCGACUUGCUAUUGGUCUAUCACUCCUACCGAAUAAUCCUUUACGAUAUAUUGCCGUUUAUUCGUGACGAAGAAUAAGCCCGACGCAUCGUCAAGUAUCUUGCAGUAAUUAAUUUUUUUCUCUUCGUGCGUUCUUGACGUUGAUACAAGGAAACGAUACAACGAGAACGCGUGGGUUUCGCAUUAGGAUAAAAACAUGUCGGAUACACGACGACGUCGAAAAUCCAAUCAAUCGUGCGGUUCCGAUGAUCUCUCGGACUCGUACGAGGAGCUCAACGCGACAAAGGAGACCCAGAGUAGUGAACAAACCGAUGGGCAUCAGGAUUCAGAAUGUGAUAUUUAUGAGAGUGAGUCGGAUGGCGAAUCACAGGAAGGUGGAGAGUUACGAGAGAGCGGGGACGGUCAGGAGGAAGAGAAGCCACAGAAGAAGUUGGACGACGACGAGGACAGGCGUAAUCCACAAUAUAUUCCGAAACGGGGCACGUUUUACGAGCACGACGAUCGUACGACCGACGAAGUGACUGACAACAACACAGAAACGCAAACGAACACAAAAGAAACUAAGGAGAAGAAGGUGUGGAAGGAUAAGGAAGACAGAUGGGACCACGAUCGGUACAACGAUGAGGAGCAAGCUCCAAAGAGACCGGAAGAAUUGAUAGCUACGUACGGUUAUGAUAUCAGAAAUGAGGAAGGGCCGCCUCGCGCUAGAAGGAGAAGAAGAUACGGUCGUGGGCCUAACAAGUACACAAGAAAUUGGGAAGAUGAAGAUGCUUACGGGAAGACUACUCCUGGUAGAGGAAAUAUCAGGCGCUUUCAGAAAAACAAUGAAGACUUUCCUGCUCUCAGUAAUAAUAAGAAUGCUUCGAGCAAAGUAGAAGAGCCUGUGAUUUCAUCGGCAUGGUACAGCAGCAAGAACAAAACGCAGAAAACGCAGAACUUCCCGCCGCUUCAGCCCCAGCAGGACAAUGCGAAGACUAAAUCUGCUACCGUUCCCAAUACACCUACAAACGAAAGCAAGGUACCAGACGAUUCAACUAAUACAUCUUGGAAAAAGGAUGACAAGCACAUUAUUCAAAAUCAAAAUACGAAUGGAAAUAGCGGGUCGGGCGACGCGGAAAAAUCAGUCAAUGCUAAACCAUCACCACGGGAAAACAACAAGAGGAACGCCCAAGAGUCCGUAAGCCUGGCCGCGAAUAGGAGCCGAGGAAGAGGUUUCAAGCCCAAUGCUAAUAACAACAUGGUCGCUAACAGAAUAGUUGAGAACAAAGCAAAGGGACGCGGCCCCGGCCCAGUCACUAUCGAGAAUAGAAGGAACAACACUGUGCAGCACAGUGACGAGCACCAACUUGUUCAUGAUAUGAAGCAAGUCAGCGUCAGCGAUGGCAAUCAGUAUCAUCAGCCCGCAAGACACAACAAAGGCUUUUUCCCAUCUUCCAACCAACACAGAUCAAACGCAGUUCCACCUAGAAUGCAGUCACAUCAGCAACAAACGCAUUCGCAACAGCAGACGAUACAGCAGCAGCAACAACAGCAGCAACAGCAACAAGAUAAUUCUGGAAACAGACCUAAACGGUAUUCCAGCCUGCGUCAACGACCUACCAUUUCAGAAACUUCCGCACAGCAAAAUUAUCCAUCUCAACACGCUCAGCAUGGAUAUUUUCCACCUCAAGCUGGAAACUCAAGAAGCGUUUUGGAAUCUCAAGGUUACCCGCAGGGUCACUUUGAGCAAUCUUCUCCAGUCGCUUCUGCCACAGCAGGACCUAUGGCAGGGCAACCCGUUAUUUCCUUGCCGCCUGGUGGACAGCCUGCUAGUUACGCGCCUCCAGCGUUCCUAGUUCCACCUCCGCAGUUCAUACCUCCUCAAACUGCUCCUCCUAAUAUAAUCAAUUACGUGCCCGGUCCGAACGGACCAACGUUCCCACCAAACUUCCAGGGUUAUCAAGGAUACAGUCCUUCAGUACAGCCCCAAGGACCGCCGCCGCCUCAAGAAUUGUUCCAGCCGCAGGGAUGCACUUACUACAGCCCGGCGCAACAGCAGCAGCAGCAGCAGCAACAGGCGGCUCCUAUACGACGACCAAAAGCGGCGAUACCCAUUCUCCCACCGCCUGACAAUCAACAGGGCGGUAGAGGAAGAGGUAGAAGCGCUCAGCCGUACCAGCACAGCAAUCAACCUGGUGGUGGUGCUAUCGUGCAACAGACUGAGCAGCAGGAAAUUAAGAAUGCGGCGGAGAGUGACGAGAAAUCCGUGUCAGGACAAUUCGAUAGUGCGCAAAUCGAGCCGUCGAGCGUGCCGGAUCAGGAGUACGAGCACGCCAUGGAUCACGCUACGGACGUGAUCGCGAGCAUGGAUGAUACGAACGAAAGUGCAGAGGGAAACGCCGAGACGCACGCGAAGGUUGACGCGUUACUGUCCGCCGAGGACAACGUGGACGACAGUAACAGUGUGACAGAACUGUUAGAAACAACGUCUGCCGAGAAGAAUGCCGUUUCACGUAGUCCCACGACAACACUGGCCGUUGCUGAAACUGAAUGCGAAUUAGGUAAUAUUGAAUCAGCUAUUUCCGAAAGUACCAUCGUCGAGAAGGCCGCAGCCUAAAGAGCAUUAUUAUUGUCAUUAUUAUUACUAUUAUUACUCACGCAUUGUAUGCACGUGAUGAUGGUUCUCCCUUCGAUUUCGAUUUCGAUUACGAAGUUAAGUGAAAUGUCGUGUUGUAAACUAUUCGCGAUAUGCUUGCAGAAUCUUGCUUUGAGAGAGCGUUCGAUUUAUUCCCCGCAUCUACAAUAACGUAAUUAAUCCGAGGUGCAACCUCUGUACUGUACGAGCGAUAUUAAUAUAACGUCUGUUAUAAAACUAUUCACGAACAAUUGCAAAUCUAUUUUACAUCAGUUUUCCAUUCGGAAAGGCGCGGUCGCGCGCGAUUGUACUAUAAUUUACGAAAUUUAGAGGAUCUUUAACGAACAAAAAUAAUGUUCUUGAUCGCAGCUGUGCCGUAAACUUAUCAGAAAAUAGUUAUUUGACAUACGUAUGUAUAUUGCAAUAUAUAGCUUUUAAGCUUCUGAUCCCCCGCUGCGAGUAUGUUGAAUUAUGACGGUAAAAGCGAGAGAUUAGAUUUGAUCUACCUUAUGGUACAUCUAUGAUACGAUUUUGCAACGUGCUCGCAAAAAUUCGUGAAGUCACAAAUAAUUGUAGCCACUUUUGGGGUACAAGAAGCAUUAGCGAUGGUUGACUAUAGUCAACCUUUUAAUAACAAAAGGGUUGUUACUUUUUUAGCGUUGAUUACACUCGAUCAGAAUUGAUGGUCGAUAAUUCACAAUUCUGAACAAAACGUCAGAUUUGAAGGAAAAAAAAUUAUUAAGUCGCUACACCCAUCAUUUGUGACUUUUUGAACUUUUGCACACAAGCGCAUUUAAUAAUUCAUUCAUAUAUCGUGUAGAUAUCUGCAUCUGAUAUACGAUAUGAGUGAAUUAUAUUGCAAACCAUGUAUAGACAUGAUAUCGAUAUUUAAUAAAUAUCAAUAUUUGAUAGAACGAAUUUAUUAUGAAGUACAAUGUGAAAUGCUUCGUAAAUUGAUGAAUAAAUGGCAGUAACAUUUAAA